UCUUCCCUCUCUCACUCGCCAUAAACACAAGUAAGAAAAAUCGUCGCCACAAGCAUCUCAUCGACAAUGGCGGCUGCCGCUGCGAACACCACUUUCCCUAAACCUUCUCCUCUAUCUUCUUCCUUCAAAUCUUCAACACGCCAUCCCAAAUCCACCCUUCCCUUCUCUACAACCUCUCAAAAGCUCACUCCUUCCCGUUCCCUCCUCAUUUCCUGCGCUCUCUCUCGGUCAAGUUCCAAGCCCGGAUCCGCCGCCGACAUUGUCACUCCAACUAGUGCCCCUUCCCAUGAAUUCGCUUCCCGUUAUGCCCCUGAUGAGCCCCGAAAAGGCGCUGAUAUCCUCGUGGAAGCCCUGGAGCGUGAAGGGGUCAAGGACGUGUUUGCUUAUCCAGGCGGAGCUUCCUUGGAGAUUCACCAGGCUUUAACCCGGUCCCAAAUUAUCAGAAAUGUCCUUCCGCGACACGAACAAGGCGGGGUCUUUGCUGCGGAGGGCUACGCGCGCUCAUCCGGCCUUCCUGGCGUUUGCAUUGCAACUUCUGGGCCUGGGGCAACCAACUUGGUCAGUGGCCUUGCUGAUGCGAUGCUUGAUAGCAUCCCUCUGGUGGCGAUCACAGGUCAGGUCCCUCGUAGAAUGAUCGGUACAGAUGCUUUCCAAGAAACUCCUAUUGUUGAGGUAACAAGGUCUAUUACAAAGCAUAAUUAUCUUGUUCUUGAUGUGGAUGAUAUUCCUAGGAUUGUUAGUGAGGCUUUCUUUUUAGCUACCUCGGGCAGGCCGGGUCCCGUUUUGAUUGAUGUACCUAAGGAUAUACAACAGCAGCUUGCUGUUCCUAACUGGAACCAGCCUAUUAGAUUGCCAGGGUAUAUGUCUAGGUUGCCUAAGGCUCCCGAAGAGGCUCAUUUGGAGCAGAUUGUGAGGUUGGUUUCCGAGUCUAAGAAGCCGGUGUUGUAUGUUGGUGGUGGAUGUUUGAACUCCAGUAAGGAGUUGGGGAGGUUUGUUGAGCUUACAGGCAUACCGGUUGCAAGUACUUUGAUGGGUCUUGGAACGUUUCCCAGCUCAGAUGAGUUGUCAUUACAAAUGCUUGGGAUGCAUGGAACUGUCUAUGCUAAUUAUGCUGUGGAUAAGAGUGAUUUGUUGCUUGCCUUUGGAGUGAGGUUUGAUGAUCGGGUGACAGGAAAACUUGAGGCUUUUGCCAGCCGGGCCAAGAUUGUGCAUAUUGACAUUGAUUCAGCUGAGAUUGGGAAGAAUAAGCAGCCUCAUGUGUCGGUUUGUUCAGAUGUGAAAUUGGCAUUGAAGGGGAUAAACAAGAUAUUGGAGAGUAAGGGAGCUAAGCUUAAACUUGAUUAUUCAGCUUGGAGGCAGGAGUUAGAUGAGCAGAAGCUGAAAUAUCCAUUGAGUUACAAGACCUUUGGAGAAGCUAUUCCACCUCAAUACGCAAUUCAGGUUCUUGAUGAGUUAACCAAUGGGAAUGCAAUUAUAAGUACCGGCGUUGGUCAGCAUCAGAUGUGGGCUGCACAGUUUUACAAGUAUAAGAAGCCUCGGCAAUGGUUGACAUCAGGGGGAUUGGGAGCUAUGGGAUUUGGAUUGCCUGCUGCCAUUGGAGCUGCUGUUGCGAAUCCCGGGGCUGUUGUUGUAGACAUUGAUGGCGACGGAAGUUUUAUCAUGAAUGUCCAAGAGUUGGCGACUAUUCGUGUGGAAAACCUUCCCAUUAAGAUAUUAUUGUUAAAUAAUCAGCAUUUAGGCAUGGUUGUUCAGUGGGAGGAUCGAUUUUAUAAAGCCAACAGGGCUCAUACAUAUUUAGGUGACCCAUCCAAUGAGUCUGAAAUAUUCCCAAAUAUGUUGAAAUUUGCUGAAGCUUGUGGAAUACCUGCUGCCCGUGUGACAAGGAAGGAAGAUCUCAGAGCAGCAAUUCAAAAAAUGUUGGACACUCCUGGACCUUACUUGUUAGAUGUAAUUGUCCCCCAUCAAGAGCAUGUCCUGCCUAUGAUCCCCAGUGGAGGGGCUUUUAAAGAUAUGAUCACAGAGGGUGAUGGAAGAACACAAUAUUGAUUUGAAUGAACAUCAGUUUGUGUUUUUGGUAAUGUAUGUAUGAUCAGUUAUGAAGGCUUAGCUCUGAGUUGUGGCAGUUUUAUGGGUUAUAAGUUGGUUCUCUGUCAUGGAAAUGACGUUUGUUGCGUGGAAGAAACUUGCUUGUGCUCCUAUUUUAGUUUUUCUAUCUUUUGAAAACUAUCAAGUAGGUUUUCUGUUUGGUUCUAUCCAAAUAUGUAUGUCUUUUAGUCAAGUAAUAGAUAAAUCUAAAAUUACUUGUUGUUUUGAUGAAUA